AUGCAGACGCAGUCCACCAGAUCCAGCACACACGCUCCUUCAUACGGGAAAUUGUACGAGGUGCUGAAGGCAGUUAAUCCCAGAGAUUUAGGGUCAUACAACUUCACACCCGACCCCCGGGACUGUAUCACAGAGAUGGUACAGGUCGGCCCAGGAGCCGUGUACUUCACUCAGAGGCUAUUCCGUGGAAACGUUCAACCUUCUGACGAAGCCGGGCAGGGUAUCGUCAAGUUGUACUCGGCGCUGAACUCAACGGAUACCAAAGGUUCACUGAUUGAUUACGAAAUAGCGGCGAUUUUAGGAGGCGAGGAUGGAGUGAAUUACAACAUGGCUUUUAGUGUUAACAGAUCCGGUUGGAUUAACCUGGAGGAUCCAGAUGUCUUCAUAAAAUCACAAGGUAACCAAGUGACACUCCACGUGGAAGCACGUGCAGGUGUAGAAACACCCAGCACCUCUGUAGAGGUUCAGGUAACAUUUAACGACCCGGCUGAUAUCCCCUGUGCCGACGCCUGUUUCUGGGAGUCAAUCAGUUCGCUAUACGCCGAAGAGAAUUCUGAGGCCAUGGUUCUCGGGCGCUUGGGUAUUAACCUAAGGCACAUGGCAUGUCAACACGUGGAUUUAACUUACCAGAUCACCAAUUUCCAUGUUCCAUCAUUGCAAGUACCAAAUUUGGAUCCAAAAGACUGGCUGUACCUGAACAAUCGCAGCUCGGAGAUCGCCCUAGUGACGUCACUAGACCGGGAAGCGUGGGAAAUUGCUAAUAUCAGUGUGACGUGUUUGGUGAAGUAUAGAAAUGGUAGUGCCGAGAGGAGAGAACAAAGCCUCGAUCUGACCGUCUCGGACGUCGACGACAGCCCACCUGUACUACGUAAUCAUAGAAGCACGAUUCAGCUUGAUCGCAAGCAGUGGAAUUUAGUCAAGAGAAAUAAGAGUCUUUCGUUGGUCGUAGCAGACAAUGACACAGCGGGGUCAUAUGACUAUGAAGUUUUCCUCAGAAAGAAUGAACAUGGAUGGUUCAGCGUGCUAAAACCUAAAAUAUUCCAGCUGAAAUCGUCUGGGAGAUGGAAGAGUACAGCAUUGAGGGCGGAAAUCCUGAUGGUGGCGGAUGAAAAACCACCUGGAGUUAUAAGUUCCAAUUUUGAAGUCGUGUUUUUGGAUAAACUUUAUCAGAAAGCUAGACACAGUCCUCUGCGUGGUGAGGUUGUGGUGGAGGUGGAGGUGAAGCUAACAGAGCAGAAGACGGCUGACAGGGUUGUGCAUGAUCAGUACACAGCAAACAUAUCCCAGCAAGCUGCCAAGUUCUCAGAGGUAGAAUUGCUUUAUUCAUCCUAUGAUCUUCAGUGCCAUACUUCAAGAGAAAACUUCUUACACUCUGCAUUUGUACAUUUAAAUGGCCUUCUGUUUGAACCUUUUAACGACACUCUGAACAUAACCAGGUUACUAUGGCUUGUGGGAAAUUUCUCAAGAAACUAG